CUUCAGUAUGUGUUUAUUUCAUGAUGGUAGCCGCCGUCGUGUCGCAGUAUUCGUAUUAAUUCUUAGCUUUUUUUUUAUGUUUUUAGUCGUAUUUACAUGGUUAUUUCUUGACCCAGUGCGCAGCAGUUUAUCAUUAUGGGUAUCCUAGAGAAAAUCUCAGAAAUUGAGAAGGAAAUCUCGCGAACUCAGAAGAACAAAGCAACUGAAUACCAUCUGGGAGUAUUAAAAGCAAAGCUUGCCAAGUACCGUGCUCAGUUACUAGAGCCUCCAAAGAAUGCAAGUAAAGGAGAAGGUUUUGAUGUCCUGAAGUCUGGUGAUGCUCGAGUAGCUCUCAUCGGUUUUCCAUCUGUUGGAAAGUCAACGCUUCUGAGUACUUUGACUUCAACCGAAAGUGAAACUGCAGCCUAUGAAUUUACCACAUUAACAUGCAUCCCAGGUGUCAUUGAAUACAAAGGAGCCAACAUUCAACUUUUGGAUUUGCCGGGUAUCAUUGAAGGUGCCUCACAAGGCAAAGGUCGAGGACGACAGGUAAUUUCAGUAGCAAGAACUGCAGACUUGGUCUUGAUGAUGUUAGAUGCCACCAAACAAGACGUCCAAAGAUCACUGCUAGAGAAAGAGUUAGAAAGCGUUGGAAUCAGAUUAAACAAACAAAAACCUAAUAUUUAUUUUAAGAUAAAAAAAGGAGGUGGUAUAGCAUUCAACUCAACAUGUUUACUGACUAAAGUGGAUGAAAAACUAGUCCAAAUGAUCCUGCAUGAAUACAAAAUAUUCAACGCUGAAGUCCUAUUCCGUGAAGACUGCACUGCAGAUGAACUAAUUGAUGUUAUCUCUGCCAAUCGAGUAUAUCUUCCAUGUAUGUAUGUGUAUAACAAAAUAGAUCAAAUUUCCCUGGAAGAAGUGGACAGGAUUGCUCGGCAACCCAACAGUGUUGUUGUAAGUUGUAACAUGAAGCUGAAUUUGGACUCAUUAUUGGAUACACUUUGGGAAUGUCUAUCUUUAAUCAGAGUAUACACUAAAAAACCUGGACAGCCACCCGACUUUGAUGAUGGUCUCAUUUUGAGGCGUGGCGUAACAGUUGAACAUGUUUGUCAUACCAUUCAUAGAACUUUAGCUGCUAAUUUUAAAUAUGCCCUCGUUUGGGGCACAAGCACAAAAUACUCGCCUCAGAGAGUAGGAAUUCAGCAUGUUAUGGACGAUGAAGAUGUGAUCCAAGUUGUUAAAAAGUAAUCAAUUGUUAUUUCUCUUUAUUUUAUGUACAAAAAUACGUGUUGGCGCAAACUGAAAAAAAAACCCUGUUAAUAAAUUUGUAACUUAUUUGUAUGAAUUUUA